CUAGCAAUCUUCAAAUUAGCCAAAAUUUCCACAUUUUCCGCACCACCGAAUGAAAAUUUCUCCUUCUCCUUCCAAUCACUGUCCACCAUCUUUCAUCGGAGGGUCGGUUUCCUUUCCCACAAUCGAGCAAGUCCAUACGUCUUUCCCGCACGCUUCAACCUGAAAUCUAACCCGUCAACCACAAGCAACUUUUCCUUUCCACACACCUGCCACUCUGCUUAAAUCCACCGUCCGUGUCGUGAUCAACAGCCGUGAUUCUCCCAACAACUCCUCCCCUACUCCCUCUACUUAAACCCCACAGACGAUCGAUCGAAGAACCGAACCGCAGUCAGCGACCGACAAACGGAACCAGAAAACGAGACCAUGGCCUUCUCCAUCAACGCCUGCAUCAAGCUCUCCUCCUCUCCCUCUCCCCCUCUCCCAAACCCUUCGCCUCCUUCUUCCUCCCAUUGGCCGUCGAGAAGCAGAGAAAUGGUAUGGCGGCGAAGCACCCUGACGGCGGCGGCUGCGGCAAUUGUGACAAUUGGGGCCGCUGCAGCAAUCGAAGAGCCUGUCGUGCUGCCUGCUGAUGCCGGCGAUGCUGCUGCGGUGCCGGCGGCGGAGCGGUGGAGCGACAAGAGGAAGUGCCCGCCUUGGCACGCCAACUCGCUGGAGAACAUAAUGCCGGAGAAUCUUCCCCGGCCGCUAGCUCGCCGGAGUUACGAUGGUUUCGCGGCUUAUGGUGAUGCUCCGGCUUUGGUUGGAGGGGCGCUUGCACAUCGACAUGGCAGGGACUGCUACUUGUUGUAAUGAAUGUAAGAAUUUACAGAUAACUUUUCAUGCAUUCCUAUGUAUGGAAAGUUGAAAAUGGUGUGAUUCAUUCUUUCAAAUAUAGAUUAGGAUGCUUAGAAUUUAAAAAUUAAUUUGUUAUGAAAUAACUAAAUGCAUAACAAUUGGGUGGUCUGAAUGUUAAUUUCAGAGCAAAUUAAUGUAUAAAUGUAGAUUUGCUUGUAUUCCCAUUUGUCGCAUUAACAUAAUAACAUUAGGCUGAAUGGAAGGAAUAAAUUGUAGGUCCGGAGCUUCGAUGCAAUCUACGUCUAAGACAACGGUUUCGAUCCAUCAAAAAUCAUUUUUUUUUUCUUUCAUUCCUUUCGGUAUAUCGCAGUCCUUGUUGUUAGAUAUUAUAGUCUUUAAAUUUCUUUUAUUUUACCCUAUUUAAGAGUAGUUUAGUCUUUUUACUUAUUGUAUAUAUAUUUAUCUUUUACCCAUAUAAUACGUGCUUCUUAAUGCAAAUGAAACUCUAGCCACUUUUCACUGUCUCCCAUCUUUCUCCUCUUCUGCCUCUUCUUCUCUAUCUCAUUUUGCAAAUCUUAACACUUCUGUGCUGCGGAUGCAUCUUACAUCCGAACUCAGGACAGCAAUAUUUUUUUUUAGCAUGAAAGCCAUGGCGGGACCCGAAAUCAUUAACCUGUACUACAAACUGUACAAUUUCGCACGUUUUUUGUACUACUGGAAAGACAUUUGGUACUGCGAAAAAUCUUUUGAUACAGCUCAUGUUGGUCUAAUAAUUUA